GUGUAACAGUAGCAGCAGGAGCAGCAGUAGUCAGUCCAGCAGUCUGCUCCAGCCUCUCACACAGCUCACAUCUACCGGCUCCAGCACCAUGAGAGACCUUCACUUUAAAGACAACUUCUGGUGAAAUCACCAGCACAGCAGGAUACGACGCCAUCAUCCAGCACCUGAACGAUGGGAAAAAGACGUGCAAAGAGAUCGAGGACUUCAUGAAAGCCAGAGCUGCAAUAGAGGACAAAUAUGCCAAGGAACUUCUGGGCCUUUCCAAGAAAGCGUGCGGACUCAAUGAAAUGAACACACUGAAGAGGUCACUGGACGUUUUUAAACUCCAAACUGAACAGGUGAGUCUGUCUCACCUGCACCUCGCCCAGACCAUGAGGGACGAAGCCAAGAAGCUGGAGGAGUUCAGAGAGAAACAGAAAGAAAUGCGAAAAAAGGUGGAGCAGCAGAUGGAUGCUCUGCAUAAACAGAGGGGGACGCAGUAUAAGAAAACCAUGGAGUCUAAGAAGACAUAUGAGCAGAAGUGUCGUGACAAGGAGGAGGCGGAGCAAACCAUGAACCGCAGCGCCACCACCAGCAACACCAAGCAGCAGGAGAAGCUGUUUGCUAAAGCGCAGCAGGCGAAGCAGGCAGCAGAGGAAGCAGAUCGGAUUUACAAUCAGAAUGUGUGUGUGCUGGGGAAGAUUCGAGAGGAGUGGCUGAACGAGCAUGUUAAAGCCUGUGAGAUGUUUGAGAAACAGGAAGUGGAGAGGAUCAAUUCGUUGAGGAACGUCGUGUGGACGCACCUGAACCAGCUCUCACAGCAGUGCGUCACCAGCGACGAGCUGUAUGAGGAAGUGAGGAAGUCUCUGGAGCAGUGUGAUAUUCAGGAGGAUCUCGAGCACUUCAUUAACCUGCGGAGAACCGGAGACAAACCUCCAGCUCCUGUACUGUACGAGAACUUCUACACCAAUCAAAGAGCAGCGCCAACCAGACAACCGCCGUCUUUCACCAGGAGAGCACCAGCGCCUCUACCAACAAACACAGAAAGUGACGUGACGUAUUCAACUAUAGAUAACUCAGGAUACAGUUUAAUCCGAUACUAACUCACAGCUGAACGAGAUGCCCUGCUGAUGUCUUCACCACCAAUCCUGCAUUUUGAACAGUUCAGGCACUUUUAACGGAUGUUUAUUCGGAAGUUGGGGACACAUAGAAUUGACUUCAAAGCACAAAACUUUUUUUAGAUUAUUUUUAUUUAAAAAAAAAAUAUUUUUAACACUGUUCUCUCAGAAUGCAUAAAGUAGCCAACACUGGAACCAGCCCAACAUGGUGUUAAUGAUCCAAACCGAUACAGAUAUUAACAUAUCACUACACUUCUGUUCUAUUGUAAAUGUAUGCAAAAGUUUGGACACCCUUGGUCAAAUGUUUGACAUGUUUGAUUGAUUUUCCGAGUUAAAAUUGGCUACCACUUCCUCCCCUGAGACACGCUGACACAUCUGUAUAUUCUACAGCACUGUUUACAGUACCAGUCUCAUUGAUUUUAUUUUAUUUAUUUAUUUUUCCUGCAUAUGAAAUUAAUGGUGAAUUGAUCCAGACUAUGAAGGAACACAUAAGGAAUCAUGUAGUAACUUAAAAGUGUUAAACAAACCAAAAUAUUCUGUGAAGAAGCGUUUAGAUGCUCUUAUCUGAAGAGCUGUUUGUUUACUUGCUGAGGUUUCUGAGGCUGGUAAUUCUGAUGAACUUAUCCUGUACAACAGAGGUAACUCUUGCUCCCCCAUCCUUUCCUGGGAUGGACCUGAUGAGUGCCAGUUUCAUCAUUAUAAAGUUUUGGAUGUUUUUUGCGGAGACUGCCCUUGAGGAUACUUUUAAAGAUCUUUAAAUUCUUCUUUUCAGAUUGACCGAUCUUCUUUUUUCCUCAAAGUAUUUUUUCCUUUAUUUAGUUGAGUAGUUCUUGCCAUAAUCUGGAUUAGAUCAUUACUCAAAUAGAGCUAUUCACUGUAUACCAACUCUACCUCUUCACAACUUUACAACUGAUGCUCUCAAACACAUUAAGAGACAAGAAAUGUUUGAUGAGUUCAGCACAGCUGUUAACUGAAAGCCUGAAUUCCAGGUGACUCUACCUCAUAAAGCUGACUGAGAAAAUCCAGCAGAGAUGCGCAAAACUGUCUCUGUCUAAGCAAGAGGUGGUACUUUAAAGUAACGUAAAAACUUUAAUCAUAUUCUGUUUUGUUUAACACUUUUUUAUUUACUAGAUAAUUCCAUAUGUUUUUCUUCAUAGUUUGGAUGAGUUUAGUAUUAAUCUACAAUGCAGAACAUUUAAAAUAAUGAGGAAAAAAAACGAGACUUUUGACUGGUACUGUUUUAACAGAAAAUGUUCAAAUUGACCCACACUUUUGCAUACAAUGCUAUAUAUCAGCCUCUGUGUAAUUUCUUGUUUUUACACUCAAAUGCCAAAUGCAGUCAAGAAUUAGAAUAGUGUUCCAUGACUUUUGCCAUGGACAGUUUUAGCCAGAUUCCGCCGGUCACGAUUGCUGCGCAUCAACGAGUGUUAAAUAAAGGCAUCACUCCAACCCCCAUAAUUCACCUGGCCUUGUCAUGAGCACACUGGUGUCCAAUGUUCAACAUCAGCCUCACUCACAAGAUAACACCUUACAACUCUUAACAAUAAAGGUGUGGGUAUUCCCAAUCCGUUUCCCCAAGGUAAAACAUAAUGGCCAACAGGUCAUUACAGUACGUACUACAUAUUGUCAUAUCCCAUGACUUUUGGCACAUUAGUGUAUAUUUGCUGUUUGUGCGUGAGAUCAGAUCAGAUCGAUAACUGUAAUUAACCUUAAAACAUUGCUUUAUGAACAGAAAUGUAAUUUAUUUAUACAGUUUAAGCACCAGGAGUUAGGAAUGGUCUUAAAUGACGCAAAUAUAUUAAUUUAAUGAAUAUAGUCUUUAAGCAAGGCUGUGUGAAGUGUGUGUUUGUAUGUGUGUGUUUGUUUACUGGUGCAGCUUCCUGGUUGGAGCAUUAAAUCUGAGAUGUUGCCGUUAGCAUGUUGUGCAGAAAUUUCUUAAAUAAAUCUGCAUAUUCUUUAAUUAGUAUAAUGUGUAUUUAUGUAUAUGAGAAUGUAUGAGCGUUGUCUUUAUGAAAUGUGUUAAACUUACAACUUUUAA